UUCCUCCUUAACAGAGGCAGGCCGACUGUCUUUGCUUUUAGUAAAACAGCGAUCAUCCUGAUCAAGCACACGGUCUCCAUAUCAUCAUGUCAGCCCGUCCUCGAGUCUUGAUUUCCCGAUCUGCCCCUCCCGCGGGCAUCGAUCCGAUUAAGGCUGUGUGUGACGUAUGGAUAUGGCCCGAGGAAGACCCCAUCCCGGAUGAGGAGUUUCAGAAGCAGGCAGCAGGGGUAACUGCCAUUUUCUGUCAUCCACCCGACAAGAUUAACAAGGCCUUACUUGACGCUGCAGGCCCGAGUCUGAAGGUGGUUGGCACAAUGUCAGUCGGACUUGACCACAUUGACCUUGAAGAGUGUCGCCGUCGUGGUAUCAAGGUCGGCAACACUCCUGACGUGCUGACCGAAGCUGUUGCUGAACUGACCAUAGCACUUCUCCUGUCAGCAGCACGUAGACUUAAGGAAGGAUACGCAUGCGUGGUAAGCGGAGAAAAACUCUGGGAAAACGCCCAUUUUCUAUGUGGACACGAGAUUACCGGAUCCACCAUUGGCAUUGUGGGAUUAGGACGCAUCGGUAUGGCGGUUGCUAAGCGACUUAAAUCCUUCAAUGUUGCAAAGUUCCUGUACACCGGAAAUAGCCAGAAAUCCUAUGCUGAAGAAGUGGAUGCAGAAUUUGUUUCGUUCGACAAACUUCUCGAAAAUUCUGAUUUUGUAAUCGCAUGUUGUUCUAUCAAUGCAAACAAUCCAGGUCUUUUCAACAAAGCUGCAUUUAAAAAGAUGAAGAAAUCAGCCAUAUUUAUCAACGUUUCACGAGGGGUACUGGUCAAUCAGGACGAUUUGAUUGAGGCCUUGACCACUGGUGAAAUAUAUGGCGCUGCACUUGAUGUCACCACCCCGGAACCUCUUCCACUAGAUAAUCCACUACACUCCCUCAAGAACUGUCUAAUGACACCCCACAUAGGAAGUGCCAGCUAUAAGGCUAGAAAUGGAAUGGCCAGUCUGACAGCCAGGAACAUUUUGGCGGGAAUUCGAGGCGAAGAUCUCCCGUCCCCAGUUGCGUAAUACUAAAGAUAGUAACAUUUAUUACAACGUUAUUCUGUACUUGCCUUAAAUGAUUGUAUGUUUCAGAUAAAGAGGAUAUGAAACGCUUUUUUCUGGCAUAUAAUUAGCACUGUCAUAUUAAAAGUUUUUGUUUCAAAUUUUUCAAAUUUUAUUCUUUCAUACGAAGACAAAUUUAAGUAGCAGGUUGUUACAGGGUGUUGGAACAUUUUGAGCGCGUUCUGAUUGAUCUGCAGUAAAGAACUGACAUCACAAUAUCGUGCCCACUUGCUAAUAGCCUCGCUAUUUGACUUAUGAUAAGAGGGAACCGAAGUCCUCUAACGGAAAUAUUUCUGUCAAAAGUGAUGAUUUAAAGAUAGCAAUUAAUUCAAUGGCUCUUUAUUAUUGUGCUA